GUCCCAUCAUUGCAGCUCGACCUGAACUUGUCGAAAUGUGGCUGCUCCCCACCCCCGUCGCUCUUCAAUAUCUACCCGAUGCAAAUUCGCCAUCGAGGACGAAAGGUGGCAUUGGUCUUCCUCACUAGUGAUAACAUACAGACUUGUCGCUACAGGAGGUGCCGAUUCGAAUUUCACUCCGCCAAGGAUGCGCAUGCCUUCCUAGACCUGAUCUCCGCGUUUGCUAUCGUCGACACGGACCGCUUUACGCGUCGAAAAGCUCGACCCGAUCGCGACUCACCUGUGCUCGAUCAGGGUCGACACUUGUCUGUGAAUCUCCAUCGGUCUAGCCUGCAAGAACCUCUGAGAACCCUACAGGCACAUUCUUCUACAUGCUCACAGGAGCCGGCGUACCACGCCGAAACACAAUCCGACAUUUCCGAAUUAAGUGCGCCGAGCUCACAGGCUCACUCAGACAUUUCGAGGGCGUCCUCGAAGCUUUUGCUUUCUCGAUCGCAAGACGGCGAGUCUCAAGGGGAUGUUGACAUUGUUCCGACAAAUGAUUUGCAAGAUUGCGUUCGGGACGAAAAAUCCGACAAUGAACGACGGUCGGCUUUGGAGGACACUGAACGAGCGCCAUUGAACAUUCCCAAAGGCUCGCACGACUUACUGGCGGAGAGAUCGAGGGCAAGGGGCUUUCUCAACGUCUCACAGUGCUUCAUCGACAGUGUGCAAGCUCACCGCCCAGAUCAGGAAUCUUUGAGGGAGGCCGCGACGGAUGAUUUCGUGUUGAACGGUGAUCGUUGUCCCGAUAAGUCGACACCAGUCGACGCGCAGGAUGAGACCCCGAAGGACACAACAGAAGAAGAGGGCGCAAUCGACGCAUUUGAGAUCGACCCUGGCUACAACAAAUUACAAGGUGGAAUGCCAAGUAGGGUAAUUCUGUCCGACGCUAUCGCCAAAAGGAGUCUGGAUGGCGCUGAAGCGACAGAAGAGAGAAAGGACCGCAAGAGAGCUCGCAGCAGUCCGUCACUUGAAUCGACAGCCUUCGACUGGGAAAAUGCAAUCAGCUCGAGAAGUGACGGAUCCGACGUUCAUCCGUCAAAGAAGCGUAAGAUAGUGGACGAACGCCCGAUCUCGACGGACGAACCGGCACAGUCAGCAGAGGAACCGGUGAGAGGCAGUCUGGUAUGCGAGCCGAGGGUGAGUCUUUUGACGCGGGUGCCCCUCAGGACUUCGUGAUCACUGGGUUCAAGCGUGCUUCAAAUUCUCAACAAAACCCGAUCCGUCUCUUAUAGGUCUGCGGUCACCAUGCUUCUUUCUGCCCUGCAAAAUGCUCAGUAUUGCCG